AUGGCGGCCAACGUCCCUCAAUUCAAACUCAACAACGGCGUCUUGAUGCCAAGCGUCGGCCUAGGAUGUUGGAUGGGAUCCCCAGGCGGUGGUGAGAGGGUUUACAAAAUGGUCACGGCCGCUCUCCAGGCGGGCUACCGCCACUUCGACACUGCGGACGGGUACGGGAACGAGGAGGAAGUUGGACGUGCUAUCCGUGACUCUGGCAUUCCGCGCAAGGAGAUCUUUGUCACCACCAAGCUCAACAACACCGACCACCACAAAGUCAAGGAGGCCUUUGACCGCUCCCUCAAGGCUCUCGACAUCGAGUACAUCGAUCUCUGGUUGAUGCACUGGCCCCAGGGCAAGCAGGAGGACGAUGUCUAUCUCAAGCCCCACCAGAGCCCGACGUACCACGAGACCUGGGCCGAGAUGGUCAAGAUCUACGAGGACACGGGCAAGGGCAAGGUCCGCGCCAUUGGCGUAUCCAACUUUGGCGUGCCCAUUCUGAAGUCCCUGCUUGCCACCACAAAGGUCGUCCCGGCCGUGGACCAGGUCGAGCUGCACCCCUGCCUGCCCUCGUUGAACUUGCGUGAGUUCUGCGCCGAAAAUGGCAUCGUUAUCACCGCGUACUCGCCCAUCGGGCAGCCCGCCCCGGACCGGCCAUCCCCCCUCCUCACAGACGCAUCAGUCCAGGAGAUCGCCAAGAAGCACGGCGUCUCCGAGGGUCAGGUCGCUCUCAGCUGGGGGGUGCAGAAUGGAAUCGUUGUCGUUCCCAAGAGCGAGAACCCGGACCGUAUCAAAGCCAACAUCAGCCUCGUGAAACUUGAUGAUGCGGACAUCAAGGCAAUUGAUGCGAUCCACAAGAAGCCUGGCCUGCACCGCAGUCUUCUGGGUUACCACCAGCCUGACGGAUCUGUUUUUGGAUGGACGUACGAGGAGAUGGGCUGGGAAAUGGUGGCUGGUGGCAAGGCCAAGGCCUAA